AUGUACUUACCACUGUUCCCGAAGCCGUUUGACGGUCAAAUAUCCAGCGAAGAAUUUUUAUCGACUUCGAAAGAACUUGUAAAGAUUUUAGAUUACUUUGGAAAAAUAUUCAUGACCAUGAAAUAUGAUAUGCAGGCAAAUAUAGGGAUAUUAACUGAGAAAUUCAAUGAAAAUCAGCAUCGCUACUACACGCUACAAAAAUUAAUAUCAGUAGAUAAAAAUAGUAGCAACACCACUGUUUCUGAUGCUUUGCUAUGGUUGGGCAGAUCGUUACAUAUGGUACAAACAUACUUUGAAUAUAUAGUCAGCGAUUAUGAGUCUAAUAAAUUCAUCGAAGAUCAAACAGCAAACUUUACGAUGGCUUAUAAAAACACCUUAGAGCCAUAUCAAGGAUAUACGGCUCAGCAGCUAUUUUCCCUGUUGAUGCGAACGCCACCAUCACGUAGCCAAAUAAUAAAAGGUUUAGCUAACGGAUAUGAUAUUGAUCAAGCAAUUAUUAUGAGAAGCAUAGCAAAGUUUUCUAGGAGAUUGAAGGAAAAUAUAUGUAUUCUCAAGACAUUGUACAAUGAACACAGUUUGUAACAAAUCUAAAUUAACUCUUAGAUAAUUCAUCUAUCUAGUUAUGAAAGGUUGAU